ACCAAGCAUUAUGCAUUGGAAAUUGCAUUCCAAACAGUCACUAACUUCAUGAUGUUUUUUGCAUCUCUUCAAUAAUAAAUGGAGCUUGUCAAAUAUAAGAGGCACAUAAUUAACAACCUGAAUCUGGAAUGCUUUGUAGGUUUGGCACAACAAACAAAGUGAUCUGCAUUUUCACAUGGAUUUAACCUAGUUGAUAUAUCACUAAUUCGAAAUAGAGUAGUGAUAUGUAUAAUGGUGUCAGCAUAAGUGUUGAUUGUUCGUUAUUGUAAGAGAAAGUAUGAUGGAUAAGAGUAUGUAAUGAAAAAUGGGCCAAAGAAUCGCAAGACGUCACGCCGAUCGCGGAGUUACUUUGUACAACCAUCAAAAUUACGUCGACGCUCUCGUCGAAUUCGAAAACGCUUAUAAACGUUUGUCAAAGAAUGAAGACGUCUUCGCAGUUUUAAAUUAUAUGUGUUUGGUUUAUAUGGAGUUGGGACGAUAUCAUGACGUCCUGUUUUGUGCCAAAAAGCAGUCCAUGGUCAGUGAACAGUUGCAGUCCUGUAUGUUACAAGCGGAAGCGACGUUUAACAUGGCGAGAGCGUAUGAACGUCUAGGGGAGUACCGUACGUCGAUAGCGUUGUGUAACCGUUGUUUCAAUACCGGAAAUCCACCUGAUAUAUCACCGCUAGCCGGAUACACGCAUUUGUGUUUAGCAAACAAUUACUUCGGAUUAAGUGACGUCAAAAAGUGUUUAAAACAUUACGACAUAUCGUCUCACGUUGCACGGAUUCUUUGUGACGCCGUUUUAGAAUGCCGUGUGUACAUGGGACUUGGUCAAAUGUUUAUGGCUCUGCAAGACAAUGUGACGUCUUUGCAAAAUUACGUACGGGCGUCAGAAAUAGCGCGUCAGUUUACGAAAGAUCAUCCGUGUGCCAAAUAUCAACGUCGUGUAUCGGUGGAGAUGGCGGUUGUAUGCAGCCGGCUAGGAAGACUGGGAGAGGCGCUGGAAAUGUGUGAGGAGGCUAUGAAGCAAGCUCUUGCCCACGGGGACAGGUUGGUCCAAGCCAGAUGCCUGCUGAACUUUGCUGAUAUUCACAGAGAUCGACAGAACUACUUGCGUGCUUAUCCUCGCUACCAGUCUGCAUAUUCUAUUGCCGUGGAAACCGGGGACCGGAAAUGCCAGCUUGACGUUCUUUCCGGUAUGGCGCUUUGUGCGUUUGGUGCUCAGGAUUUAGAACAGGCUGUUGAGAUCAACGGAAAGGUGCUGACGUUAUCCAAGGAGUUAGAUUCAAAGCUGGAUAUGUUAACCUGCCACAGACGACUUUGUGAUCUCUAUUUGUAUCUCGACUCGCCGGAGGUCUCUUGUGUCCACGGUUUUCAUGUUCGACAACUCUUGCGUGAUCUUCAACUAUACUGUGGCGUGUGUGCAGAAAUUAUAGGUGAAAAAGACGAGAAAGUACGUCCACUGCCAUGUUAUCACAUUAUUCACGAAAGGUGUCUCGUGCACUUAUAUCGACCAACAUCAUCUACAAGUCUUCCAAUGCAGCGACGUCGCCCAUGUCCAACCUGCCGUCAUAGGACGUCAUCAAAUCCUGUAUCGGACUUGGAUAUCGAAUGACGUUAUAAGAUCCAUACGUGUUACUCAGAGAAAACAAUUCUGGUCCUCAGCGUUAUGUUUAAACUUUAAAGAAUUGUAAAUGACACUCCUUACAGAUGUUGAUGUGCUUUAUAUGUGCUAGA